AGAUCAACUGACUGUAACUGCCCGAGGACACGGUCACUCGCUUGAAGGGCAGUCACAAAAUGAAGGUGGGAUUGUUAUAAGUAUGGAAUCAUUGGAAGAACCAAGGUUUUUUGUUCAUAUAGGGGAGGAUCCUUAUGUGGAUGCUUUGGGAGGUGAAUUAUGGAUAAAUGUGUUGUAUGAGAGUAUAAAAUAUGGGUUGGCCCCAAAAUCAUGGACAGAUUUUUUGUAUUUGUCUGUUGGGGGGACUUUAUCAAAUGGUGGGAUUAGUGGAGAAGCAUUCAAACAUGGACCUCAAAUUAAUAGUAGUAAUGUCUAUCAAUUGGAAGUUGUAACAGGAAAAGGAGAUUUAGUGAAUUGUUCAGAAAAGGAAAAUGCAGACCUCUUUUAUGGUGUUCUUGGAGGAUUAGGGCAAUUUGGUAUCAUCACUAAGGCCAGAAUUUCUCUACAAGUGGCUCCAAAACUCGUAAAGUGGAUUAAAGUAUUGUACUCAGAGUUCAACUUAUUUACCAAAGAUCAAGAAAAUCUAAUAGCACUACAUGAUACAUUUGAUUAUAUAGAAGGAUUUGUCCUAACUAAUGUUGAAAAUAACAUGACAUCCAAUUCUAGUGGAAAAACUCUCUAUGGCCUCGAAGUUGCCAAGUUUUUUAAUCCUCAUGAGAAGAACAUCACAAACAAGAAAAUAGAUGAAAUAUUGGGGAAAUUGAACUACCUAUCUCAUACAUUUCUUGAGUCACAAGUAACAUAUGUGGAAUUCCUAGAUAGGCUUCAUGUAUUACCAGAACUAAUGGUUGAAGAUAGAUCAAAUGUAGCAAAUGUAAGCUUUCCUUGGUUAAAUCUUCUGGUUCCUAAGAGUAGUAUACUUACUUUUGGAGAAGAGGUCUUCACUCAUAUUCUCUCCAACAUCACCUAUUCUCCCCUCCUUAUUUAUCCAUUUAACCAAUCAAGAUGGAAGGACAAGACAUCAAUGGUGACCCCAGAAGAAGAUGUGAUCUACCUUGUGUCAUUUCUAACAUCUGCAAAGACAUAUUCAUCUGGAUUAGAUGGGUUACAGAAUAUGUUAACAAUAAAUAAGAAGAUUCUAGACUUUGUUAAUAAGGAAAGUCUUGGGGUUAAGCAAUAUUUACCCUACCAUGAUGCCCUAGAGGAAUGGCAAGCUCAUUUUGGGAAGAGAUGGGAUGUUUUUUCUAGAAGGAAAAAAAGCUAUGACCCUUUAUCUAUUCUUUCCCCAAAACAAAGAAUCUUUCAAAGAGGACAAAUAAUUUUAUGAUCAUACUAAUUUCGUUGCUUUGAAUUGACACCAUAUUAUUUAAAAAAAGUGUCGCAUAUUUAAAUUAUAUGGUGUAAAUUUAAAGGUACAAAUUAAUGAUAAUAUUAGAUCUGG